AUGGUCUACGUCCGUCAAGAGCGGCUCCCGGCCCUCAAGCAAUACAAGUACUCCUCGGUCGACCACUCCCUCGUCUCGAAAUAUAUCCUCAAGCCCUUUUACACCAACGUCGUCAUCAAACUGUUCCCCCUGUCCAUGGCCCCCAACCUGAUCACCCUGACGGGCUUCAUGUUUGUCGUCGCCAACUUUUUGACCCUGCUCUGGUACAACCCCACGCUUGACCAAGACUGCCCGUCGUGGGUGUACUACUCCUGGGCUGCCGGUCUCUUCCUCUACCAGACCUUUGACGCCGUCGACGGGACCCAGGCAAGAAGGACGAAGCAGUCUGGCCCGCUGGGCGAGCUGUUCGAUCACGGUGUUGACGCGCUGAACACGAGCUUGGAGGUGCUGAUUUUUGCGGCGUCGCAGAACAUGGGGCAGUCUUGGAAGACGGUCGCGACGCUGUUUGCGAGCUUGUUGACGUUUUAUGUCCAGACCUGGGAUGAGUACCACACCAAGACUCUGACGCUCGGGAUUGUCAACGGGCCGGUGGAGGGGAUUUUGAUUCUGGUGGGAGUGUAUGCCUUGACGGGUUACAAGGGGGGGGCGAGUUUCUGGCAGCAGGGGAUGCUGGCUGCUGUCGGGAUCCCGCAGGAGAUUUUGGGCCUGACGAUCCCCGAGGGGGUUUAUAACAUGAACUUUACCGAGUGGUACAUGGUUCAGGGAACGGUUGUGUUGGUUUACAACACUGUCGAGUCGGCGAGGAAUGUGAUUCGGGCGAGGAGGGCGAAGGGGGACAAGUCGCGGUAUGCUCUGGUCGGGCUGGGACCAUUCUUCGCGGCAUGGGGGCUGAUUGUGGCUUAUCUGUGGUUGCAGCCGGGGAUUUUGAGGGGGCAUUUGGUUCCUUUUGCGCUGUUUGCCGGGUUGGUGAAUGCGUAUAGCGUGGGACAGAUGAUCACGGCGCAUUUGGUCAAGUUGGAUUUCCCCUACUGGAACGUCAUGGUCAUCCCUCUGGGCUUUGGGGUGGUGGAUUCGCUUGGGCCGUUGCUGCUGAAGCAUAGCCCUAUUCCUGGCCUGGGGUGGCCGAGUGCCCUCGGGGAUGGGGUGUAUCAGGUUGCGUACAUGUUCUGCAUGCUGGGGAUGGCGGUGGGUGUAUAUGGGAGUUUUGUGGUGGAUGUGAUUGUGACGAUUUGCGACUACUUGGACAUUUGGUGCUUGACGAUUAAGCACCCGUAUGUUCCUGAGGAGGAGGACGAGAGCAACGGGGAGUUGAAGAAGAAGAAUUGA